AUGUCUGAAGACGGUUUAAAACCAGUUUAUGAUGAUCAAGUGGAUGAAGAGGCUUACAAGCGUGGUCCUCAAUAUAAGUGGACCAAAGCCAGGAAGUCAGAUUACAAAGAUGGUGAUGACUCCAAUGGAGAGGCUCCACCAGAGAAGAAAGUGAAAUAUGAGGAUAAACCGCUUAACGAUGAGAAUGGUAAACCGGUAGAGAAGGAACGCAGACUGCCCAAACGUAAAGUAGCAGUUAUGAUCGGUUACUGCGGAACUGGAUAUCAUGGUAUGCAGCACAAUCCACCAAAUUUGACAAUUGAAUCCGAGUUGUUUACAGCAUUUGUCGAGGCAGGCGCUAUUUCAAAGGCAAAUUCCACUGAUUUAAAGAAAAAUGGAUUUAUGAGAGCCGCUAGAACCGACAAAGGUGUACAUGCUGGUGGUAACUUAAUAUCCUUAAAAUUAAUCAUUGAAGACCCUCAAAUCAAAGAAAAAAUCAAUGAGAAAUUGCCAGAAGGUAUCCGUGUCUGGGAUAUUAAGCGCGUUAAUAAGGCAUUCGACUGUAGAAAGAUGUGCAGUUCUCGUUGGUACGAAUAUCUACUGCCUACUUACUCCUUGAUCGGCCCCAAACCGGGCUCGACACUAUAUGACACCAUUGAACAAGGUAAGCAAGAAUUACCAGGUGUAUUAGAUGAGGAUGAUGAAUCCAAACAAUUUUGGUCAGAAGUAGACAAAGACGCUCGUGAACAAUUCAGUGAAGAUGAGUUACAAACUAUUAAAUCUUACGUGCCACCACCAAAGGAUCAAUUUGACGGAACUGACCCAACGUAUCACAAGGUGAAAAGAUACAAACAGAUGGAAAACCUACAUCGUAGACAAUACCGUAUAUCGCAGGAAAAACUGAAAAAAUUCAGAUCUACCAUGGAACAGUAUUUGGGAGCCCAUAAUUUCCACAACUUUACUCUGGGUAAAGAUUUCAAAGAAUCAAGUGCCGUCAGAUACAUGAAAGAAAUUAAAGUGUCAGAACCAUUUGUCAUCGGUGAUGCUAAAACUGAAUGGGUGUCCAUUAAGAUUCAUGGUCAGUCAUUCAUGCUACAUCAAAUUAGAAAAAUGAUUUCAAUGGCCACUUUGAUGACUAGAUGCGGUUGUCCAACAGACAGAAUUUCAGAGGCAUAUGGACCACAGAAACUGAACAUUCCCAAGGCCCCUGCACUGGGAUUGUUAUUAGAAUCCCCCGUAUUCGACGGAUACAACACCAGAUUGGAAAAAUUUGGUUAUGAACGUAUAGACUUUGCUAAUUACCAAAAUGAAAUGGAUAGCUUUAAGAUGAAGAACAUCUACGAUAAAAUCUACAAAGAGGAAGUGGAUGAAAAUGUCUUCAACGCUUUUUUCAGCUACAUCGAUAAUUUUGAUAGAGUUACAGGCGCUAAAGGUGAAGAAACUGUAGAUAAAACUGGAACAUCAGUACAGAAGAGCAUCUUUGAAUUUUUAUCUGCAAAAGGUAUACCAUCCUCUGCUGCUACUAAUACUGACACUUCGAAGAAAGAUACGAGUGAGGCACCAAAGGAGAUCCCUGUUGCAACCACAGGUACAGAGGAUGAGUCCCAGGUGACACCACAGGAGGCAGAAAACUAA